UUGAAUUAUAGGAAUAAAAUCAAAAAUUGUUAUUAUUUUCAGAAGUAUUGCGUUGGAAAUUUUAUGUAACAUAAUCAAAAAUGUUUGAAUGCCAUCUCGAUACAAACCUUCUGGUAACCUCUUUGUCUUCCUACAAUAAAUUAAACAAGGAAAAGGAAUGCCAACUUAACUUAGAUGCUGCUACUGGUGUAUGUACUACUGUAAAUAAGAUCUUAGUGAUGAAGUUGCGUACUCUUACUGAUGAAGAAGUUCUCAAAGAAUACUUUAAUAUUAAUCGUCGACUGCAUUCAGUUGUAUUUUUUGGAGCUCUAAGGUCUUGUGGCAUUGUAUCUUCUGAAGCAGAUGCCUAUUAUGAAUCUAUUAUUCACAUUGUACCUGUCAUUGAAUGGAAGUUUUAUAUUUUUCUCGUUUUUAAAUGUCAAUGGAGCUGCCAUUUUUUUGAAUGUGUUCAGAAGUUGCCUGUUGAUGUUUUAAAGACCGUAUUUAAUCAGACAGUAGGAGCUUCCCAAAUUGAAGAACUGAAAAGCUUUUCCUUGCACUUGUUAUUGGAACUUAUAUUGCGGUCAUUGUGUUUCAAUACAAAAAAUGAACUUCCUGAAGAAUGCCCAUUUUCCUUCAACUUUUCUUGUAUUAAUUCUAUUUCUGCUGAAAAGUCUGAAAAUGUGACGGAAGAAUCCAGAAAACUACAGUAUCUUAUGGAGAAACAAGAAGAUGUGUUGAAAAUUUUGCAAUUCAAUGAACAAACCAAUUCAGAAUAUUUGUGGGUCCACAUGCAUGCACUUAAAACUUUAUUUAGGAAUUUAAACAAAGUUGAAAUAGACUAUGCUAUUAGCUUGUUUGACAAGGUCAGUCCUUUAUGUAAAGUUGCCAUUCAAUACAUUUCUUCAAACACUUCUCUAGAAAUGCUGUGUUCAGCCAUGGAAAAGCAAGUUAAGUUUAAUUCAAUAAAAACUGAUGGCAUUUAUGUGGAUGCCUCUUGGGGCAUUGAUGAAACAUAUUUAACAUUCAUUAUAUAUUAUUACUGGACGGAUUUUGAACGCAAAAUUUCAUCAAUUAAACUAUGUACGGAUACUACGAUAAGUAGUGUCAAUGAAUUCAUGCUUGAAACUGGAAUCAAAGCCUUUCAGAACAUUUUGUGUACAAUUAAUCCAUUAUUGAGUAAAAGUUCAGCAUGGGUUCAAAACAUUGAUUUUCUCCUAUAUAUUCUCAGGAAUAACUUCCCUUGUGCUCAAAGAGCUGGUGAAGUUCUUUUAUCUGAUCCUUGUGUACUGAAUGAUAACAUCAUUUCCAGCUUAAACAGCUGCUAUACCUUCUUGGAUGUCUUUCAAAUUUAUCCAUUGUUAGUAAAUGCAGUAAUGGAGCUAAAGGAUAAAAAUGAAAAAAAUAGUAUGAAGUUUGAACUUUUGACACUGCUGUAUAGAAUGCUUGCACAAUCUCCAUCAGAAAUUUAUGAUGAAGUAUUAAAGUAUAUAAUAUUUAACUUUGGUCAUUAUGAAGAUUUCAGCAUGCCAGAAUUUUCAUCUCAAGUCAAGCAGCUACAAUGUAAAGCUCUUUCGAUAGAAGAGGCUAAAACAAUUCUCCUACCUUUGUUCAUCCAAUCACCUGAAAUGAUGCUGAAUUAUGUUGUUGAAGAAGUUCUUCUUCAAGGGUACGAAGGUGAAGUAUUGAUUCAAGUGUUAAAGUUUAUACCAUCUUCUUGUACAUACAAAUAUGAAUAUGAAGAAAGUUCUCCUCUUAUUGAUAUAUUAAAAUCUUAUUUUGAGAAAGAUGAAUUAACAGCUACGGAGGCAAAGAAUUUAAGUGUUUUGGUUAAACUUUUACUCAAAGUCAAUUUAGAGACGAAAAUAUUUUCAUUGGACACAUUCUUCAACGCUUGCAUUCUACUCAACUUAGAAUCUACCAAUAGAAUCGAACUUAUUCUAGAUUGCUUAAAUACCUCUUUAGAAGUUCUCAAAGAUGCUGAUAAUGUCCCACUAGGGAGCAGUUGUCUGAAGGACCUUUUUAUAAGUUUGGGAACUCUGAUAAAUAUUUGCAUUGAUUCUGAAAUGGGGAAAAUAAAAGGUUUGGCUGCAAGAGCUAUAGAAUUAUUAAAUGAUUUGGAACUAAAACAUAAAAUAUUGAAUGAUGAAUUUAAAAUGGAUAUAAGGGAAGCCCUAUCUAACUUUCACCCUGCUGUUAUUGUAUAUAUUGAUGCUAGUUUGAAAAAAGACAUAGAUUUUUCAAAAUUGCCUAUAACAUCAUUGUGGAUUUUGUGUUGUGCAUCUAAAACCACUUCAUUUUUGGAUGAAGCAUGCAUUGAGAAACUCUCUUAUACAGAUUUACUCAACACAUUGAUACAGCUACUGCCACAUUUUUCAAGUUCAGAAUGGCUUCAUUCUGUGGAUUUGAUAAAGCUAUGUAUGGCUCACUCAUCUUUAGCUAAGGAAGCAUUGCAAAAUGUGGAUCUCUUGUUUGAAUUUUCAGAAGAACAUUUGUUUCUGUAUGCAUCUAUAAAAUGCCUGAUUGAAAGUGUUGGGUUUUUAUUGCAAGAUUUUGUUGGAGAUCUUCAUUUCUUAUGUAGCUGCUUUACCAACACUCUAAUGACAACAAUCAAAGAAGAAAAAUGUAUUAAUUUCAUGUUUCUGUUGAACCUUUUUCUUGAUCUGUGCUCCCUGGUUUCAAAUAUUGGGGCAGAAAACUUUUCAUUGUUCAGCUCUGCUCUGAUAGACCUUGCAAAGAUGAUCACUUCAACUUCUGAUGCAGAAUGCUUGAGAGACACAGAAGAAAUAAUUAUUCAAGCUUUAAAACAUUUACCUGAUGCAGAACAAGAGGAUUCGUUGCUACAAAAGUUAAUUAGAUCACUUAAAUAAAUUAUUCAUUUGUUUAGUAAUAAAUAUUUUUAUGUUU